AUGCAAAUAGGUUUACUCAGUGAACGCUCACUUACCAACUUCACCAGCUAUGCUCUCCGUCGCAAGACGUCUCGGUUCGGCGACGCCGUCGCUUCAAAACGGAGCUUCCUUACUCCGGUUCAUGAGAACGGAGGCAAGUCAGCCAAGACGGCGGAACAAAUUUCCCUCUCUAUCGCCACUCAAGAAGAAAGAGGAGAAAUCAGAGUGGUGGAUCGUCGACGGAGAGAUGCACGAGAUCGGAGAUCACGUACCUCUGCGUGAGCGUUUCACAAUCCCGAGAGACAAUAUCCCCAAUAAGCGCCGGAAACAGCUCCGUGAGCAGUUCAUGCGACGAACUCGUCUCGUUCUUAAAGAAUCGGAGCAUGAGCCAUGGUGCAAGAAGUACAUGGAAUUGUAUAAUGAGGUUAGAGAAAACUGGGAGAGGCUUUAUUGGGAUGAAGGAUAUUCUAAGAAAAUUGCGAGAGAUCAUGCUAAUUAUGAGUCUGCUGAAGAAGAUGAUGAAGAUUUUAAUCCAUACAGGAAUAGGCGUCCUUAUAAUGAUUCAAUAAAGCAGGAGCAGGGGUUUAAUAGAACAACACAAGGUGAUGAUAACUGGGAGAAAGUGAGUCAAAUCCGGGACAAAUUUGAGUAUGACUGAGAAAGGAGAAUGAGAGAAAAAGCCUUUGCACCAAUGAACGCCGCAGCACCAGACUCUAGAGACUUGAAUUGGAAUGCACAGAGACAGCCAUUUGAUGCUGAGAGAUACACUCGGGGAUUGAAUUGAUCAUUUAUCGCAUAGGUUUCAGGUUCUUGGUACUAUCAUUUUCAGUGUGUCACGGAAAUGUAGAUCUAGCAGAAGUUCGAGUCAUAACCUGAGUACGAAAGUUUAUCUGACACAACACGGUUUGGCAUCUGAUUGUCGACCACAUUACAAUUGAAGCAAACGUGCUACAGAACAGAGUGAUCGCACUUCCUAGACUAGAUGGUGUUUGAUCAUUCAGUAACCAUCCGCUCAUGAGUCACAAUCCCCUUCACCAAGAGAGUUUUGAUCCUGAAUUUCUUCACUAUAAGUAUGUAGUUCAUUUUCAUCCAUUAUAUCUUUCUUUAGCACUAACAAUUUGAGUUUGAUUAGGAAACACCGAAAAGGUUCUAUCAACCGUAAAAUAAGUUCACAUGAGUAUUUAUGCACUACAAUGUUUGUUUGGUUUAACUAUAGUUUUACUAUUGGCCUCUCCAAGAUGGAUUCCGAGAUGGGCAUUUAAAUUUGGAAA